CCACCCUUUCCCUGUCUCAUUCCUCUAUUUCUCAUUUCAUCGGUAAAACGUCACAACGCAGUCAGGACAAAAGGCGGCGAUGCCUCUUCACUCUGUCCUCAAAACACAACCCAUGCCGCACUCCGCCACCGUCGUCGCCGAGCAUGACCUCAAUCGCAACGGUCUCCUCCCUGUAGGAAUCAACGCCGCAGAGUCCCAUCCAGCCGAGCUUCUCCGCUUAGCUGUCGAUGCCGACCGAACCACUGAAAACACACCGGUAGAGCUUGACCACCCUCCCCCUUUCAUCCUCAGCUUCUACAACCUAACCUACACCAUCAAGACCCAAACUUCAAAAACUAUUCCUUACUUUGUCGAUCGCAUCCAUCUUCCAUCAGACAGAGAUGCGCUCCCUCCCCGUCGCACCCUCCUAGACUCUAUCUCUGGCGAGGCUCGCGAGGGCGAGAUCCUCGCCGUAGUGGGUGCCAGCGGUUCCGGAAAAUCCACACUCAUCGACGCCCUCGCCGAUCGCAUCGCCAAGCCUAGCCUCGGCAAUGGAGUCAUCUACCUCAACGGCGAGCUCUUGGAAUCCAAGAUCCAAAAAACUAUUUCUGCCUACGUGAUGCAAGACGACCUCCUCUUUCCUAUGCUCACCGUUGAGGAGACCCUUACUUUCGCCGCCGAAUUCCGACUACCACGGUGGCUCUCCGCCUCAAAGAAGUUAGCCCGAGUGCAAGCUCUCAUCGACCAACUCGGCCUCCGCGCAGCGGCUUCCACCAUAAUAGGUGACGAGGGCCAUCGUGGAAUUUCGGGCGGGGAGCGUCGCCGUGUGUCCAUAGGCACGGAUAUUAUCCACGAUCCCAUACUCCUAUUUCUGGACGAGCCAACGUCCGGGCUUGACUCCACCAGCGCUUUCAUGGUGAUGAAGGUACUGCAGAGGAUUGCAAGCUCGGGAAGCGUUGUCGUUACUUCGAUUCACCAGCCUAGCGCGAGGAUUCUAGGGGUUAUUGACAGACUGUUGGUACUAUCGAAGGGGAGGACAGUAUUCUUCGGGAGCCCGGACACUUUGAUAGACUUUUUCGGCGAUUUUGGGAGGCCGAUGACCCAAGGCGAGAAUAGAGCGGAGUUCGCCCUCGAUGUUGUUCGAGAGCUAGAGGCCGGGCCCGGCGGCGGCGACGAGCUCGUCCAGUUCUAUCGUUCGUGGCAAUCCAUGAAAAUUUUGUUUUUCAUGUUACCAAUUUACUGAUAUCACAUUUUAUGCUAAACUAUUCAAAAAGCAGCUUCAUCAUCAUCGCUGUCAUCUGCCUCGAAGGUGCCUCACUUCGCCAAUCCCUUCAACGUUGAACUCGCCGUCCUGACACGGCACCCCCCCGUCCUGGCACGACGCUCCUUCACCAACACCAGACGCAUGCCUGAGCUCUUCUUCAUGCGUCUCGGUUCCGUCUUAGUAACAGGCGGCAUUCUGGCCACGGUCUUCUUCCGACUUGACUCAUCCCCUCGCGGCGUACAAGAGCGUCUCGGUUUCUUUGCUUUCGCCAUGUCCACGACGUACUACACUUGCUCUGAUGCCCUCCCCGUCUUCCUUCAAGAGCGCUAUAUCUUCCUCCGCGAGACAGCCUACAACUCUUACCGCCGCUCCUCCUACGUCCUUUCCAACGCCCUCGUCUCCUUACCUUCCCUUGUCCUUCUCUCCCUUGCCUUCACUUCCGCUACUUUCUUUGGCGUUGGACUCGCGGGAGGUGCUUCGGGCUUCCUCUUCUACUUGCUUAUCAUCUUCGCCUCCUUUUGGGCUGGAAGCGGCUUCGUCACCUUUCUCUCGGCUAUCGUAUCUCAGGUAAUGCUUGGCUACGUCGUUGUUGUCGCCGUGCUCGCUUAUUUCCUUCUUUUCAGUGGCUUCUUCAUCAACCGCGACAGAAUACCUGACUACUGGAUCUGGUUUCACUACCUCUCGCUGGUGAAGUAUUCAUAUGAAGGGGUUCUGCACAAUGAAUUUGGGGAAGCUGGAAAAUGCUUUGUGAGAGGAAUGCAGAUAUUUGAUACGACUCCGCUGGGUAAGAUGCCGGAGGAGAUGAAGAAGAGGGUGUUGGCGGCAAUUGGAGGAGCGUUGGGGAUGACCAUAUCGCCGGAGACGUGCCUGACGACGGGUUUGGAUAUAUUGAAGCAGAAUGGGGUGACGCAGCUUGGAAAGUGGUGGUGCCUUGCCGUCACUGUCGCAUGGGGGAUUUUCUUUAGGGUUUUAUUUUACUUGGCGCUAUUAUUUGGGGGCAGGAACAAGAGGAGGUAAAUUACGGUGAAGGCGUAUUUGUAGGUAGGGGAAAAUAAUUAUCUCAGGAA